AUGAAAUUUAAAAUAGGUUAUGUUUUAAAGAAAUUAUGUAAUAAUAUUAAGAUUAUUUGUAUUUCAUAUUAUAUAUAUAAUUUUAAAUAUAAAAAAUUAAUAUUAAAAAAUUUAUAUAUUAAAGUAUAUGAUUUUAGAAAUGAAAUUAUGAUAAAUGAUUAUAUAAUUAUUAGGUUUUAUAAAAAAAGUAAGGAUUGUAAUAAUAGAAUAGUUAAAGUUUUAUGA